ACUUCCGGAUUUCCUGUAUUAUGGCAGAGCUUGAAAUCAGCCACUCCAGUUGUCCUACAACCUCGGCGAGUGCCCUGUGCCCCGAAAACGGCGGGAGCCCAUUCAAAAGCCUCUCCGCUUAAGCAGGAUGGUUUUGUGACCGGAGAGCCGCCAUAUUCCUGGCCAGCAGUAGAGAGAUUACCGCAGCUUUAGACGACCAUUCAAGACAGAAAGUAUCCUUCUGCCACCCUUCGCCAAACGUCAAAGUCAAUGCGGUCCUCGACCGGAGUGCUGGAGCUCAUCCACCGGCCCCACCGUCACCUUUCACGCGCUUGUUAUUAACACACUUUCAUUCGCAAAAAGACAAGUGUUGGAGAUUAAAAACACAUCCCAGCCCAAAUAAAGACUGUUAGCUUGGGCUACCCGGAUAAAUAGAGGGGGAACGGUAGCUCUGGUUGGAUUUAUCCCUUUCAAUCAUAAUGGAGUGGUUAAUGGGGAAGGGCAAGGGAAAGCCCAAUGGUAAGAAGCCACCCACCGAGGAGAAAAAGCAUUACCUUGAUGCGGACUACACCAAAGUAAGAGUCGUCGAUUUCGAACUCAAGGAGCUGGUGGUGUUGCCGAGGGAGAUCGACCUGAAUGAAUGGCUCGCUAGCAACACCACGACUUUCUUCAAUCUCAUCAACCUACAGUACAGCACAAUCUCAGAGUUCUGCACGGGCGAUACGUGUCCAGCCAUGACGGCCUGCAAUACGACAUACUACUGGUAUGAUGAAAAAGGGAAGAAGACGAAAUGCACAGCGCCACAGUAUGUGGACUUUGUCAUGAGUUCAGUUCAGAAGCUGGUGACUGAUGAGGACAUCUUUCCUACUAAGUAUGGCAAAGAAUUCCCCAACACCUUCGACUCACUGGUAAAGAAAAUCUGCAGGUAUCUCUUCCACGUGCUCGCACAUAUCUACUGGUCCCACUACAAGGAGUCGGUGGCCAUGGACCUGCACGGACACCUAAACACACUGUACACACAUUUCAUCGUUUUUAUAAGGGAAUUCAAUCUGAUGGACCCCAAGGAGACAUCUAUACUGGAUGAUCUGACGGAGGCCCUCUGCACACCCCUUCCCCCUCUGCCACAGAACCACGUGACUGAGAGAUGAGGCCCAGGGUCACGCUCGCUGCACCUGCCAAGCCGGGGUUCCCCCUCCCUCUACCUGGGAGGAGAGAUAGACUACACCAGUCACAAUGGUGCUGGGACCCAUAGACCUUCCACACUUCCAGAACAUUGCUCUCUUUAGGACCCAGUAAGGAGUGGUCAGCCAGGCCUGCAGGGGGCAGCACUUGCUGAUUGACUUCAGAGGCUGCCCUAACUGUGAGCCAAACCCUUUAACCAAGAACAGCUCAUCUCCCUAGCCUCUUUGAGUAUGCUUUAUUUGGUUUCCCUCCCUUUCGCAAUUUUUCAUUAGGUGAAAACAGAGGCCGGUUUAUUUCUUGCGUCUUUCCUCAUCUUUGCACCUGUAGGACAAAAAGUACCCGGCCUUCUACUCCCUAAUGAGUGUUUAAUGUUAGAAUAACAGGAGGCCGCUAGAUUUCUCUUAAUAUAGCAGAACUUUUUCUCAUCUCUUGGUUUCAUAUAAGGGUGAGAUGUUGGCCUGGUACCUCACAGAGCCUCAUGUAUGGUAUAAAGGUUUCUCUUUUUCUUUUAUAGGGUAAAAGGUGUGUGUGUGUGUGCGUGUGUGUUAAAGGCUUUUGCACUCAGGAACUGAGAGAGCGCUCAAUGCUACCUGCUCAUCCAUAUAAGCCUUUGAGUGUCACUUUACUCAUCAUAUAGCAAUCUCAUCAGUCCCAUAUCUGAUAAAACGGCACCUCCAUUGUCCCACAGCCAUAUGCUUGUAUAUGGGAUAGACUUUUGUUGCCUAUUAGACUGCUAACCACUGUAGAGGAGUGGUUCUGCUAGGGACUGAAAUACAAUUAGGCUGCCAUUUUGGAUCCACCUAGGGAGUCAUGCUGGCUCCAGGGCCUGGGUUUGUGUGUUUCCUCUUGAGUGACAAAGACAUUGCUGUUGUCUGCUAAAAUUUAAAUAAAAUAUAAAUGACACUGCUAUUCAGGCCCUGGAAGUCAUAUCCCCUGUGGAACAGUACAAAUGUUUAGAUGUUUUAAAGAGUAAAGUGGCUUCGUUGCAGUAGAAUACAGGAAAGCAAGGGCUUGUCUGGCCUCACUUUGAAAAGACAAUUUCUGAAUGGAAAAGAAUGUAAACUUAGUCUCUAUGUAUUGAUUGCAAAGAUUAUUAUCUUGGAGUGACUGAGAGAGCGAGUAAGACCGAGUGCAAGAAAGAGCAUAAGAUAUUUGAGUUCUCCCUUCAUCACUGUAAAACGAGAGUUCUGUAAGGCUGACCUCUGUGAGAAGAUUGGACCUUUUCCUUUUAUUUAAUUUAUUUCUCUUUUUUUUUGGUUUUAGUUGACAUUUUUCAGGGCUCCACAUUUCUGGCUUUUGUUUAAUGUAUUUUAAUAAUACUUAAGUUAAAAGCGAUUUAAUAUUUUAAGCUCGGCAAAUUAUAACCUAAUAAAAUAUUUAAAAGU